AUGGCGCAGGUGCCCUGGGGCCUUGGGGAGACCGCCCUGGGCCUGGUUUCAUGGAGCCUGACCUUUGCCGCCACCGGACUCUUCUCCGUCACCCUCCUGCGCUGGACGCUGGGCAGCUCCGUCGGCUCCCUGCCCAUGGACGUGAAGGCGCUGUUCAUCCUUUUAAACCAGAUGCUGGGCACCGGCGUCACGCUGGGCCUGCUCUGGCUCUUCACGCGCCGCCACACACCCCUGCCCGCCGACCUCUUCUCCAUCGACCCCAGGCGAGCCCGGUGUUGA